UGGGCACUAAGUUUAUGUCAAGGUAUACCUCAUAUAUACCUUCUUCACAGAUGGUAACAUAAAAUAAGGUCUCAAAAUUGCCUUCAAUGGAUCAAUAUCACCCCAAUGAUAUGAGGUUAGUUGAUGUCUCUUUAAGGCAUUACCAAGUAUAUACACUAAGGUAAGGUUAGUUCAAGGCCCUGCACACAUUUUGCUCCUUUUUACUCUGCAGGGUUAAUUUUAGCCCAGCCCCUUGAGUCUGCCUCCUAUCUACAAGACAAACCUCUGUGCCGGCUCUUCAGUGCACACGAUGCACUGCGCUCAGUACAGGCAGAGCUCCGCAAGCUACAGAAAGUGUGCUUCAUAAACUACAGGCAAGGAUAGGCAUGAUAUAGACAACUCUGCAACUUAAACCAACAUUUUCUUCCCGCUCCAAGUAAGACUAUUCACUGUGCAGUUAGAGGAAUCAGAAAAAGACGCCAUGUGCCAAAAUGUGCAUCUCAACUAAGCAACUGAACUACUCUGCACCCCCCAGAGGCAGGGAAAUAAGCAGUGAAAAGGAGAAAGCAAACUACAAAGACAGAGAAGGCAGAACAGAAAGAAGUAAAGGGAGUAAAAGAAGGGGAAAUACUGAAGACUCUCUCUUAGACGUUUCUCUGUUCUUUCACCUCACUUGCCAUGUCUAACUUCACUCCAGAUGCCUGCAAUGUAGACUCUGGUCUGGACAGUGUUUUGCCUCCAUCUCUCUAUGCUUUGGUUUUUACAUUGGGCUUGCCAGCAAACCUACUGGCCCUUUGGGCAGCUUGGCUUCAAGUGCGAAAAGGAAGAGAACUUGGUGUUUACUUACUUAACCUUUCUCUUUCUGACCUUCUGCUUAUUUGUGCUCUUCCUCCUUGGACGGACUACUACCUUCGGAGGGAUGUGUGGGGAUAUGGUCCAGGUGCCUGUCGCUUAUUUGGCUUUGUUUUCUACACUAACUUGUAUGUGGGAGCUGCUUUCCUCUCUUGUGUCUCUGCUGACCGUUACCUGGCAGUGGCACAUCCCUUGAGGUUCCCAGGUGCAAGACCCAUUCGCUCUGCUGCUGCUGUCUCUGCACUGAUAUGGGUGCUUGAGUUGGCAGCCAACGCUCCACCACUCUUGGGAGAAGCUAUUCAUCGAGACCGCUACAACCACACGUUUUGCUAUGAGAGCUACCCUCUUUCUGGAAGAGGGGCUGCCUUAGCCAAUGUAGGGAGGGUUUUGGCUGGAUUUCUGCUGCCCUGGGGGGUAAUGAUGCUGUGCUACGCUGGUCUCCUGCGAGCAUUAAGGGGUAGCGCAUCCUGUGAGCAAAGGGAGCGAAGAAGGGUGCGACGACUAGCUUUAGGGCUUCCAUGUGUAGCACUACUUUGCUAUGGGCCCUACCAUGCUCUGUUGCUUCUACGCAGCUUGGUGUUUCUGGUGGGUGGUGGUUCUGUCAAUGCAGAUUCAGGAUGUGCACUCGAGGAAAGACUAUUCCCAGCAUACCAUGCAUCAUUGGCAUUGGCCACAUUGAACUGUCUGGCAGAUCCUGCCCUUUAUUGCUUGGCAUGUCCUGGUGCAAGAAGUGAAGUUGCAAAAGUUGUAGGAGGGGUAGUGGCAUGGGCAAUGGGAAAGGAAAGGAGAGCUUGGGGAGAACGAGGUGGUAAUGGCAGAGGAUUUGGAGAAGGAGAGGAGGUGGGGAUGGUAGAGUUAAGAGGAAAUGGGAGAGAAUUUGUAGUGUGACUUUUGGUUGAAAAGGAGGGUAAUAAAGACUUAUGUUGCUCUGUUCAAUAAAUUAAAGCAAUGGCAUCAAAGUUGCAGUUUCUUUUAUUGAUGGAGGAAUACUCAACAGAAGAAGAAUAACAACCUGCUUGAUGACCAAUGCAACUAACUGGAGUCACAGAGAUGAAUGCAUUUACAGGGGUGAUACUCUGCACUAGUAGAGAUGCUCUGCAGUUUUGUCUUUGCCAUCUGUGUGCUGAGUCAGUGUGUGUUACGCAGGCACAUUAGAGGGAUGUGGGGGCAAUUGAGUUACACAGGAACAGCAAAGAACGGCAGGCAGAGAGUACACAGCUGUCACCGACAAGAGUACUUACUCUGCUAUUCACCUCACGCAGCUCUGUCUCUAAACCUCAGUCCUACUUGCCAGUUUUUGUACUUUCCUUAGGUACAUGUCCCACAUCCAAUGAUUAUUGCCUGCCCAAACUCCAAAGUCCUAUGCUGUACUGCUAUCU